AUGGGAGGAGGCAGAUCUAGCAGUACCAACGACGAUGCAGCAGGUGCAGCAGGUGCAGCAGGUGCAUCAAGCGCAUCGGGUACAGCAGCAGCUCCCGCGCUGCAGGUGAUUGUUCUCGGCUCUGGAGGAGGCCCUCUAGAAUCGAAUGUUACAGCGUUUUUAGUGCGCUCGCUCGCGUCAGGAUGGCGGAGAGGCUCCGUCAUUGCCGUCGACGCCGGCGUGCACCUAGGAGCCAUCAAGAAGAUAUUAGAGGAUACGCAGCCCCCUGAUCUCGGCCAGACAGACGAGCUCUCUCUGCCCUAUACCCUGGGGUCUGGUCCGUUCAGGGGCCUAGAGCUACCGCAUGCCAACCCCUCGGCCAACGCCGCCCAUAUUCACAAGAGUUUGAUAGACACUUAUCUCAUCACACAUCCUCACCUAGACCACAUCUCCGGCUUCGUCAUCAACACCGCCGGCCUACCGGGCAACCGUCCCAAGAGGUUAGCAGGGUUACCCAGCACCAUCGCUGCCUUCAAGACGCACAUCUUCAACAACGUCAUUUGGCCCAAUCUGAGCGACGAGAAUAAUGGCGCUGGACUGGUCACAUACAUGCGCCUGGUCGAAGGCGGCUCUCCAGCGCUCGGCGAGGGCGAGGGCAGGGGCUACCUCGAAAUCAGCGAUGGCUUGGCCGUCAAGAUCUGGGGUGUCAGCCAUGGCCACUGCAUCGAGCGUCACAGCCACCGCGGUAGCAAUAGCAGCAGCGUCCGCCACGGCAGCUUCGACGCGUCGUCUAUCAUCACCGGACCAAUGGGCGUCGGCAUGGGAUCCAGCAUGUCGUCGCUGCUCUCCCCUCGCUCCAUCGCACACCACAACGCGAGUCACAGCCAAUCCGGACUUGGUCCUUUGCUCCUGCAGCAGCAGCGCGAACAGGAACGCAUUCAAGCCGGCGGUGGCGGUGGCGGAGGCAGUCAAGGUGGAGGGGGACUAGGCGGCGCCAGCAGCAUCAUGGGCUCUGUAGCUUCAGGUGUCGGCGGGAUGGUCGGUUCGGUGGGCGAGUCGGUGUGCGUCUACGACAGCUCAGCAUACUUCAUCCGAGAUGUGAUAACGGGGCGCGAGAUCCUCAUCUUUGGCGACGUCGAACCCGACAGCAUUAGCUUGUCGCCGCGCAACCAGCAGGUGUGGCAGGAGGCGGCCCCCAAGAUCGCCGCUGGCAAGCUAGCAGCCAUCUUCAUCGAGUGCAGCUACGAUGACUCACAGUCUGUGGACCGCCUGUUUGGACACCUCGCCCCGCGCUUCAUCGUCGAGGAGAUGACCGUGCUCGCGGCCGAGGUUGAAGCCGCGCGGCGCCUACAGCAGCAGAGGGAUCUGGAGAACAGCUUCUCGGCGGCAGCCAUGGAGCGCAGUCAGUCGGGCUACACAAGCGGGGGAGACCACAAGAAGCGCAAGCGUGAGGGCGACGAAUUGGGGAUAUUAAGCGCCGCCUCGGCAGAAGACCCCGUCUCCCCCAGGACGGUCAAACCCGGGCCGCCGCGCCGCAUCGACUCGUCGCAGUCGGUCCUUUCGUCCUCGUCGGACCUCGACGCCGUCAUGACCACGCCCACGGCCAUGACGGACUCGCCACACCUCGCCACGCCGACGGCCGAGCUCUCGCUGCAGGAGGCCGAGCUCUCGGGCGCGGCCACGCCCAUGCUGCCGCUUCCGCCCCACCCCCAGCCCCCGCCCCUGCACGGCCUCAAGGUCGUCAUCAUCCAUGUCAAGGACAAGCUGAACGACGGGCCCGACGUCGGUGACGUCAUUCUCGACGAGCUACUCGACUACGAGAGGGAGGCCCAGCUCGGCUGCGAGUAUAUCAUCUCGCAUGUCGGCCAGGAUCUGUAUCUGUAA